AUGGCAUCAAGAAACCCUGUCCACAGCCUUCCUGAAAAGAUUCAUUCCUUACUAGGAUUGAAGUCACAUCUGACUUCCAGCUGGGUUAAAUCUGUUUGUGAUAUAAUAAGAAACCAACCUUCUCAAGGACAGUCCACUGAGACUCACUUAACCAUUACAAAUUUUGAGAUAAACAGUUGUUCAGAGAACCGUGAUGAUGAUGAUGAUUUAAGCAAUGCUGCCUCAAAUAUUAGAGAUGAACUCGCUAUCUUGACUGCCCACAUUAAUGAAUUGAACAAACAGAGAAGGCAGGUUCUAAAUGAAUUUCUGGACCUGAAAGGUAACAUUCGUGUGCUUUGUCGUAUAAGACCCAUCACAAUAGGGGAGAACUUUGGCCGUUUUAGGCCUGUCGUUGCAUUAGAUUCGAGUAAUGUUCAUCUAAGACUUACUGAUAAUAAGAGUAAAAGUUACAGUUUCGACAUGGUUUUCCACCCAGGCUCAUCACAAGAUGAAGUCUUUUCAGAAGUUGAGCCAGUCAUCAAAUCUGCACUUGAUGGCUACAAUGCAUGCAUAUUUGCAUAUGGACAGACGGGCACAGGGAAAACCUUCACCAUGGAAGGAACUCCAGAUUUUCCCGGAGUGGUGCCCCGUGCAAUUGAAGCACUGUUUAAGCAAGCAGUGGAUAGUAACCAUGUGUUUCUAUUCAGUUUCAGUAUGCUUGAGAUUUACAUGGGAAAUCUCAAAGACCUGCUCAUUCCUCAACCAACAAAGGCAAUGGAUCCACUGCCACCAUGUGGUUGUCUAAUAGAAAUCAUAGCUCUGGUUGUAGGAGGCCUUGAGUUCGAAACCUCCAAUCUCCAUUCCCCCACUUCUCCACUGAUUUGCAAGUUGAAGAAAUUCAAAGUAAUAUUGGGAAAAAUUCCCAAAGCAGCACUAACAAUCCCAAAGGGUGGGAUUGAAAUUGAAAACCUUGUGGCUAUUCAAGUGAGUGACUUCAACCAAGCUUUGAAACUAUAUAGACUAGGGUGCCAGUUCAGGUCAACUGCAUCAACAAAUUGUAACGUUACUUCCAGCAGAUCACACUGCUUGAUUCGCAUAUCAGUCACAUGUAGUGGAGCGCCUGAGAGGCGACGAGAAACAAAUAAAGUUUGGUUUAUUGACCUGGGGGGAAGUGAGCGUCUGCUGAAGACAAAGGCAUGGGGAAGAAGACUAGAAGAAGGAAAAGCCAUUAACUUGUCACUUUCUUCUCUUGGAGAUGUCAUCAAUGCCCUUCAGACUAGAAAGGGCCAUGUACCUUACAGGAAUAGCAAGCUGACGCAGGUUCUUAAAGAUUCCCUUGGAAAGGACUCAAAAACUCUAAUGCUUGUCCACAUCAGUCCUAAAGAAGAAGAUCUCUGUGAGACAGUGUGUUCUUUGAAUUUUGCAACAAGGGUGAGAAGCGUUCAUCUAGGGAAUACAGAUUCAACUGAAGAAAGGCAGAAGGAAGUUGCAAUGAUCAAUCUGCAACAAAAGAUGAAAAUGAUUGAAGUUGAGCGCCAGGAUGUCAGAAUGAGUAUCAAGAAGUUAAAUGAGGAAUUGGAGAAAUUAACAGGGACAACCCAAUCUUCCAGUGAGAAACUGGAUGCUGACAAUUUAUUUAACGACUUGCCCCAAGCUAAUCUUAAAACAAAAAGGAGCAAGACUAGAAAUAUUGCAGCAGCUCCCUCUUCGCAGGUACCAAGGUUUAUGAGACCUACUAUUUGCAGCAGAAGAAAAUCUGGACCCGAACACCUAACUUUUGAAGAGAAAGUGAGAUUCCCUGCAAGAAGGAGAAGACCAAUGAACCAUCAUGCUAAAUCUGUAAAUUUCCCUGUAAAGGGUACUUCAGAAAACAACUCAGAAUGUAGUAUUUCCAGAAAUAGCUGUUUAGUGGCUUUGAAGAUGAAACAUAGUGCAGAUGUAGAAACAGAAUACAGUCAGGAUCUAUCAGAAUGUGACAUUAAAGAGGUUGUAUUCCCAGAACAGGAAGCAUCACCAAAAUCCUCCAAUCAUCACAGAGAUCAUAGCGAGGAAUGUGAAAAUAGACAUAAAAGUAAUGCUUGUUCUGCAGAAUAUUAUGUUGAUAAGUGGCUACUCCUAAAUAAGAAUGCACCUGCUACCAGGAGUCAUUUUCACAGGAACAAACGGAUUCCAGCUAUUCCUACCCCAGAGAAGAAACAUAUAUGUAAUGGACAAAAAGAAAGAGACCAUUUGCAGGAUGAGGAAGUUCAAAACCGCAAGAAUGCAAUUGAACAGAUUGUCAACCACAACAAAUUGAAGAAGCAUGGUGAUGUGGAGGGAUCUCAAAGGUCCAUGCAAGAAGUGGUUAUUACCAAACCUCCCACAAAUUUGAAGGAUUUUGACAAUAUUGAUUCAAGAUGUAACUCUGAUUCUCCAUCAGAUGAAUUUGUUGAAGAUAUAAUAAUACAUACAAAAGACCAAUUAGAUGGCGUGCCAAUGGAGACACGCAUAUGCAACACCAUUUAUCCACCUGAUAUUUGGUACAGCAGUUUGCAUUCGAAUGAAGAUGAUAAUGGGGUCAACACUUUAUCACCAAAGCAGGUACCAUUUCAUGAAACAGAAUCCUCAGACAGUUUCUUGUCAAACAAUAGCAAUUGGUGCCAAAUUUCUACCUCUAAUUUAGCUUAUAGCAUUUUGGACUCGAGAGAAGAUUCUGGAAUCUCAAUUUCAAGAAUAGAACUAAAUUCAGGCUGUCAACAAGUGCCUACCACAAUACGUGGGGAAGAAUGUGAAAAGGAAGAUCUGAACACGUUAUUUCAGAGCUCUGCAGAAGGAAUUAGACAUGGCCUACACAAAAUGAGAUCUCAAAGAGCUUUAUUUAUGGAAUAUGAAACUCCAAAGGAAGCAAUCAAGCCACAGCAACUGAUAAAGUCACAAGAAAAUGAUAUGAACUCAGGAAUACGCCAUCUUCUUCAACAGAAAAUUCAGAUUCUAUGGGCCAGUGCUCUUCUAGGGUUAGGAUUUCAGAACUUGGGACUAGAGCAGGAAUUCUUCCUCGGUUUAAUACUUUGA